AUGGCCACCAUCCAGUCUGAGACCGACUGCUAUGACAUCAUCGAGGUGUUGGGCAAGGGCACCUUUGGGGAGGUGGCCAAGGGCUGGCGGCGAAGCACGGGGGAGAUGGUGGCCAUCAAGAUCCUCAAGAAUGACGCCUACCGCAACCGCAUCAUCAAGAACGAGCUGAAGCUGCUGCGGUGUAUGCGGGGCCUGGACCCCGAGGAGGCCCACGUCAUCCGCUUCCUCGAGUUCUUCCAUGAUGCCCUCAAGUUCUACCUGGUCUUCGAGCUGCUGGAGCAAAACCUGUUCGAAUUCCAGAAGGAGAACAACUUCGCACCCCUGCCUGCCCGCCACAUCCGCACAGUUACCCUGCAGGUGCUCAGAGCCCUGGCCCGGCUCAAGGAGCUGGCGAUCAUCCAUGCCGAUCUCAAGCCCGAGAACAUCAUGCUGGUGGACCAGACCCGCUGCCCCUUCAGGGUCAAGGUGAUAGACUUCGGCUCAGCCAGCAUUUUCAGCGAGGUGCGCUAUGUCAAAGAGCCAUAUAUCCAGUCGCGCUUCUACCGGGCCCCCGAGAUCCUGCUAGGGCUGCCCUUCUGCGAGAAGGUGGAUGUGUGGUCCCUGGGCUGCGUCAUGGCCGAGCUGCACCUGGGCUGGCCCCUCUACCCAGGCAACAACGAGUACGACCAGGUGCGCUACAUCUGUGAGACCCAGGGCUUGCCCAAGUCCCACCUGCUGCACGCCGCCCGCAAGGCGCACCACUUCUUUAAGCGCAACCCACACCCUGAUGCCAGCAACCCCUGGCAGCUCAAGUCCUCUGCCGACUACCUGGCUGAGACCAAGGUGCGCCCCCUGGAGCGCCGCAAGUACAUGCUCAAGUCACUGGACCAGAUCGAGACCGUGAAUGGCGGUGGAGCAGCCAGCCGGCUGACCUUCCCUGACCGCGAGGCGCUGGCUGAGCUCGCCGACCUCAAGAGCAUGGUGGAGCUGAUCAAACGCAUGCUGACGUGGGAGUCGCACGAGCGCAUCAGCCCCAGCGCCGCCCUGCGCCACCCCUUCGUGUCCAUGCAGCAGCUGCGCAGCGCCCACGAGACCACCCGCUACUACCAGCUCUCGCUGCGCGGCUGCCGCCUCUCGCUGCAGGUGGAAGGCAAGCCGCCAACGCCCGGCGUGGCGGCCGUGGAGGAUGGGCCCCCCUACUACCGGCUGGCCGAGGAGGAGGAGGCCGUGGGCAUAGGCAGCGUGGUGGGCAGCGGGCCCUUCUUCUGUGAGGAGAAGGCACCAGGCAUGCAGAGGGCCAUCGAUCAGCUGGACGACCUGAGUCUGCAGGAGGUGGGAUGCGGGCUGUGGGGCGAGACCCGAGCCGACGUGGUUCCUGACAUGCUGGCCCCACUCAAGACGGCCGCCACUGGCCGCCGGGUGCCUGACUCGGGCCCCGAGCCCAUCCUGGCUUUCUACGGCAGCCGCCUGGCGGGUCGCCACAAGGCCCGCAAGCCACCCACAGGCUCCAAGUCUGACUCCAACUUCAGCAACCUCAUCCGGCUGAGCCAGGCCUCCCCCGAGGACGAGGGACCAUGCCGGGGCAGUGGCUGGGCCGAAGGAGAGCGCCGCGGGGCCUCGGCCGAGCCGCCCAGCCUCCCACAGCGGGAUGGGGAUGGACCAGACGUCAAGGAUAUGACCAUGGAUGCUGAUAGGCCAGGCCCUGAGCUCUUUGACCCCAGCAGCUGCCCUGGGGAAUGGCUGAAUGAGCCAGACUGGACCCUGGAGGGUGUCAGGGGGCCACGGGCUCAGGGGCUCCCAGCCCGCCACGCUCGCCCGCAUGGUCCCUCCCGGACCACCAGCUUUCUGCAGCACGUCAGUGGGCACCACUGA